AUGCUGCCGAAGAAAGACAGUCAGACGGAGCCGUACGCUCUCGAGGACAUGAUAUCGGAUCUGCAGGCGAGGCGGCACUCGCUGGAUCACGACGAGGUCGUGCAGGAUCCGGCCGAGUUGCUGAAGCAACGCGAGCGGGACCUCGUCCUGGCGGCCGAGCUCGGCAAGGCCCUGCUCGAGAGGAAUCAGGACCUGACGAAGCAGGCCGAGACCUUAGCCGAGGAAUACUCCGCGAAAUUGGAGAGUUUGGAGCAGGAGAGGCAUCUGCUGCGAAGGAGACUCGAGGAAGCGAGGGAUGAGAGCGACGCGAGGGCCUCCGAGCUCCAGGCCGACGUGGAGAGCCUCAGGAGCCAGUUGGAGGAGCAAAACGAGAGGGCGAGGCGAGCGGAGCGCGACCAGGCCACCCUCGUCGCGGAGCUGACGGCGCAGAACACGAGGCUGGCCGAUCAGCUGAGGGAGGGUGCCAAGCAGGAGGAGCAGUUGCUCCUCGAGGUGAAGGUGCUGAGGGAAAAAUGCGCUCUCAGGAGCACCACCCUGCAGGAUCACGUCAGCAGUCUGGAGAUCCUCAGGGACGAGGUACAACUGGUAUCCGCACAAAGGACCGAGUUAGAGAGGCGGUCCUUGGAGCUGCGCGAGGAGAGGGCCAGUGCGAUCGCGGCCCUCGAGGAGGCCGAGGAGAGAGCCACGGCCUUGGAGCGGCUCGGCCACGAAGCGGAACACCGCGCGAGAGUGGCUGAGCAGGAGAGGGACGAACUGGCGUCAGCAUUGGCGGCUAUCGAGGCAGAAAGGAGAGUCCGGUCCGGCUCGAUACAGAAACCACCGCGGUCCCUGCAAGCGGAGAUGGAGUGCGAGGAGAGCGGCAGCUCGCUCGGGGAACAGGAGGACGGGGGUCUGAGGACGGAAGUCACGAGGGCGACGAAGCGACUCAGGGAGCUGUGCGCCCACCUUAGACGCGGCGAGGACGACUCGGGUCUGCAGAGCGACUGCGACGAGUCCAUGCUGGUGAUCAAUCUCAACAACUCCGAGGCGGACGUGGGCACCAACGAGCGGGAGUCUCACCCUUCGCCGACGAAUUGUCCGGGUGCGCUGAUAGAGUUGGUCGAGGAGGUGUACAACCUCGCGCUGUCGGGCAGAGGGGCACCAGGCGAAUUGGGACUGGCGGUGGAGCUUCACAGGGUACGGGAAGAGCUGGAUAAUUCUCGGGAGCAGUGCAGGAUACAGGAGGAGGAGCUGAAGCGACGCGGCGACACCGUUCUGGACCUGACGAGCAAGCUGAGCGUCUGCGAGGCCGAGCUGCGCGGCGUCAAGGAGGAGCGCGACAGGGCGAGGGGUGACAUGGAGCACUCCGAGCUCACGAAGGACGAGAUCGUGGCGAAGGCUUACAAGGUGCGCGAUCAAGCGGUCGCCCGGCAGAACAGGGUGGAGGUGGAGCUGGCCAGGACGCGGAUAGACAUCCUGCAGGCGGACAGUCAGCUGAAGGAGGCGAUCAAGCAGAAAGUCGAACUCAGCCAGCAGCUCGAGCAAUGGCAGAUGGACAUGCAGGCGCUUCUGGACGAGCACGUGCGGAGCAAACUGACGCCGGCCCCGCAGAUCGUCGCCACGAGGAACGGCGAGAACUCGGACGUGUCAGCGCCGGCAAGGAAGAAGAGGAGCACUGGCUCGACGAAGAAGAUGUUCGGCCUGUUUUGACGAAAGUGACGCAGCGCGAUGGCUUCGCUGCACUGAGCCGAGCGAUCGCGACUGACCAGUAGACCUAGACUGCUGAUACCUGCGCAGCCAUUUCGCAUAAAAGGAACGUUAACAGGACGAAAAGAGGAUAAAGUGAAUUUAGGUGUAUUUAUCUCUUUAAGGACCAGUGGUGGAGCAGCGUUCCGGACAUUCUCCGCUCCGCUAAAGUCAUUAUAAUUGAUGCCACUCGCAUCGCAUGCGUUGCGAUUUACGGACGAGCGAUUGUCGAACUAAUCUCAAAACUAGCGACUUUUGUAUAAUUAAAAUUAGGAGCUCGAACCAGACCGGGACGCAUCUCUGGAACUCGUGCGAAUUCCGGGAUCUGUCACGGUACGAAUGCCGAAACAUCUCGCAUUGUAUGACGCGUGCGAGAAACGUCCACGUUGGCUCACGGCGGGGAGCCCGGGUGUUACAUCGCUGCUGACGCUCGUGUCGAAACCGUAAUUCGAAUUUAAGUGGCGUCGCUCGCAGAAACAGGGACGUCCGACUUUCUACGAUUCCUCAACCGGGGAAAGUCGCGGAACCCCCCUCCCCCUCCCCUCCUCGUUCUUCCCGAAACGCGUUCACGCGCGGACUCGACACGCGUCCAAUAUUGUCGCCCCAUCAUAUUUUUUCACCUUCGUCUCGAUGUUUUUACGUCGACCGCUUUUUAUCGAUCGCGGCACGAUCGAUGUGAUCCGGACGGACUGUCAUUAUCGCUCAUCUGAUUGAGUAGACUGUUCAUGCGAAAAGUAUUAAUAGCAUAAAAUUGCGUUGCGGCGCCGAUCGUUAAUGUAGUCAGCGAGACGGACAAGUCCAUCUUGUCGAAAAAAAAAAAAAAGAAAAGAGAGUCGUCGCUAACGUUCCCUCCCCCGAGAAAUUAAAGUCCCGUUACGAGCGACGUCUUUUCUCUCCCCGACAGAUAAAUUUUCGACACGUCCAACUGACGUUUCUAGCUCAGGGAAAUUUUUCGCGCUCCUCUGCAAUUUCGCUCUUUCAUCGCCGCUCUUUCUUCAUCGCCCCGCUCUCGAAAGAUCCAGAUGAGGGAUGCGCCAGAUGAUCGGCUGCGGCACCAACGAAACGAGAUUGACCGGUCACGGUCUUCACGCGGGGAGACAUUGAUCGACCGAGAGGUGAACGAAAGAACGCGAAGGUUUAAUGUCCCGACAAGACUGAUUACGGUCGGCAGCCGUUUUUUUUUUCCUCCCGCGCGCUGAAACGCGUCCUGUCAUUCCCAUCAUCGUGGAACGAAUCGUUCGCCACGGUAAGAACGAUCUCCGAGUGGAAACUCCUUAUUUCGAAACGGCCCCCGCGAGCGGCUCGACGAAUAAUGAAACGAGCAGGAGUCGCUCGAGUGCACCCUCGCUCCGUUUCUUUCCGCGACGCGGGGGGAAUACCGAAUUCCUCUCGAUAAUGAAACAUUGUGAUACGCUGUGUCUUACGUUAUAGAAUCGAAGAAUGUCGUGCGCGCCUUCUGACGCGUCACUCCUCCGUAACGAAUCGACGCGACGGUCGUACUAAGAGCGAAAAGUUAAAAGAAAUUUUUUUUUUUAAUUUCGUCAAAUCGCGAGAAUGAAUGAUAAAUCCGUAAGAAAAAACUGCAUUUAUCAUGCAUAAUUAUGUAUUUAAAGAUAGCUCUACACACACAUACACACACGGCUUGGAUGACUUUCACUCAUCGAAUUACUCGACCGCGAAUUCUUAAUGUCCGUCCAUCGUUCCGUCCGACAGGACCAAUUGUUUACGCGAUACAACGAGAAGGGGGAAGGAUGAUCGAGAGCGUUUGGAGAUGAAAGUCGACCGAUCCAGCCGUUGAUUGAUACCUUAACGCGACGAUAGUGCAAUAUCACUGGAAUAUUUUUACGACGAUUAAUAUCGAAUCGAACGAAUUGCAACGACUGCUCCUUAAAAAUCCUGCGGACACUCGCGUGAACGAUCAGUCCUGAGGAGCACUGCGAUGUAUGCGUGUGACCGUUCACGUGUAGACAUUGCAUGACACACGUGUGUACGUGCGUUGCACGUUUUCGUAGCGAAUCCUUUCUAUGUAUAUUAGUUUCGUUCUUAUGUCUUCGGGGGGCGAGCGUACCGCCGAAAUUGUAUGAUAAUUGUACAAUUCUCGAUCUGAUCAACUACGACGACGAUAUUUAUUUAAUAAAAGUCCGUUUUACGAA